AUGACGUUUAUCUGGAGUUUCCUGGUGUUCUUUACUGCCUUAGCGGCCUGUCAAGAUGCAACCAAGCAGGAACAGCUCGCUCGGGCGCUGGAAUUGUUACAGACCAUGCCAGAAUGCGCCCGUAAUUGCCUCAUAGCAGCAGUUGCCGCUUUGGGGAAGUCUGCCGCUGAUCUGUACUUGAAAGCAAGCUGUGCCAAUACGACCGCAACUGCUGUCAUCGAGAAGUGCGCAGUCAAGGCAUGUACCAUUCGCGAGCAGCUGACCGCCAAAAAUGUCACGGAGACACUAUGCGAGCGACCUGUGCGAAAGGUCGAAAAGGUUCCAGCUCCACGGAUCAUCGGAUUCGCUUUUGCCACCACGGCGUAUCUUAUGCGCAUGGCGUCCAAGGUGUAUUUCCCUUGCGAACGAGGCGGUCAUAUUGAUACCGAGUUCUGGUGGGACGACGCUGUCAUGACGUUCGCAUAUCUCAUGGUCAUUCCCAUCUCGAUCUUCUCGCUCGAAUUGGCAGCGAUAGGCAUUGGGCGCGACGUGUGA